AUGAAUCUCAGUGAAAAUGCAAAUUUGAGACUGAAAAAAUUUUCAGGUCUUUCGCUGGUUCUUGCCGCUUUAGGAUUUUAUUUGAAAUCGAAAACCAGCACUGAAGAAAAUCGAGAAAAUCAAGUUUAUCUGAAAAAAUUAGUUCGUCAGGUCAAUGAAGCAGGCUUAGCGUGGAAGGCAAAAUAUAAUCCGUUUGGUGCUCGUGCAAAAGAUUUUAACUUUCCAGUUGAAAAAAAUGUGACUGCAAUACAGCAAAGUGUUGAUGAUUUAAACAGAUUUUUUGCAUCUGAACACAUGCAACUUCAUCUUCGAGAAUUAGCAAAUUUCCCGACAGAAUCUUUGCCGACAUUCUUUGAUGCAAGAGAAAAAUGGCCACACUGUUCGUCCAUAUCUGAAGUUUACAAUCAAGGAGGCUGCGGAUCGUGCUAUGCUGUAGCUGCAGUAGGAGUAGCAGCGGAUCGGACGUGUAUUCAUUCCAACGGUAGCAUUAAUACAUUGUUCAGCGAAGAGGACGUUCUCGGUUGUUGUGCUGUAUGCGGUAACUGUUUCGGAGGAGAUCCAUUAAAGGCAUUAGUUUACUGGGUUAACGAAGGACUUGUAACUGGCGGUCGGGAUGGUUGUCGUCCUUACUCUGUGGAUAUAGAGUGUGGAGUUCCUUGUUCUCCAGCACAGUACCCUUUCAAUGAAUACAAGAGAAAAUGCACUCGUCGUUGCCAGAGUAUCUACUUCCAGAAUAGUUACGAGGAUGAUAAGCGUUACGCUUCAAUUGCAUACUCUAUGUAUCCAAGAACAAUGAGUUUGGACAAAAAGGGGAGGAACCGCAUCAAAGUACCUACUGUAAUCGGACAUUUUAAUGAUACAGAAGGUCCACUUUCAAACGAACAGAUAAGACAAAUAAUUAUGAAGGAAUUAUAUUUGUCAGGCCCAACAACUUUAGCGUUUCCAGUUACUGAAGAAUUUUUGCAUUAUAGUUCAGGGAUAUUUUCACCAUAUCCCGUGGAAGAUUUUGCCAAAAGGAUUGUUUACUGGCAUGUAGUAAAACUGAUAGGAUGGGGACAGUAUAACAACGGUCAGCACUACUGGCUCGCUGUCAACAGUUUUGGACGCCAUUGGGGUGACAGCGGUGAGUCUCCAAAAGCCUGGGUGUUCAAGAUUGAUACCAGUAUGGUCGAAGACUUCGGACUUGAGUACGAAACUGGUUUACCGUAA